AUAAGAAACUAAAAUUUCCAAAAUAAAUAAAGUGCGGUCAAAACCCUAGAAAUCUAAAUCUAAAUCGGAGAUCUACACCUCCAUAAUCUCCAAUCCACAGUCGCAGUCUGAAUCUCCAAAAGAUAAUCCAUGGCUGGCCAGAGGAAUAGUUACGGCAAACGUUCCCAUUCACAGUCCGAUUACUCCGACAACGGCGGAGGAAAGAGAAGACACCCCGGCGAGGAGAGGGAGCAGUUCAUCAUCGACGCCGAGGACACAGUCUACCGCUACCUCUGCCCGGUGAAGAAAAUCGGCAGCAUAAUCGGGAGAGGCGGCGAGAUCGUGAAGCAGCUCAGGGUCGACACCAAGUCCAAGAUUCGGAUCGGCGAAACGGUUCCCGGCGCCGACGAGAGAGUCGUGACUAUCUACAGCGCCAGCGACGAGACCAAUGGCUUUGAGGACAGUGGAAACUUCGUGGCGCCGGCGCAGGAUGCUCUGUUUCGGGUUCAUGAUCGGGUUAUUGCUGAGGAUACUCAUGCCGAUGAGGAGAUGGAUGCGACUCAUCAUGUUACGGCGAGGCUGCUGGUGCCGUCGGAUCAGAUUGGUUGCAUAAUUGGGAAAGGAGGGCAGAUAGUUCAGACUAUUCGGAGCGAAACCGGAGCGCAAAUUCGGAUACUUAAGGAUGAUCACUUGCCUGCUUGUGCAUUGAACUCCGAUGAACUGGUGCAGGUAUCUGGGGAAGCUCCACUUGUUAAGAAGGCGCUUUUCCAAAUUGCAUCUCGCCUUCAUGAUAAUCCAUCUCGGUCUCAGAAUUUGCUUACGUCUUCGGUGCCUAUGUACGCUUCUGGUGGUUCUCUCAUGGGUCCAAAUGGUGGUGGGCCUAUAGUUGGGCUAGCGCCGCUGAUGGGUCCGUAUGGAGGAGGUUAUAAAGGUGAUGUUGGAGACUGGUCACGCUCCUUGUACUCGGCUCCUAGAGAUGAAGGUUCUUCAAAAGAAUUCUCUCUUCGCAUGAUUUGUCCCACUGCCAAUAUUGGAGGUGUGAUUGGGAAGGGUGGUGUCAUCAUUAAUCAAAUCAGACAGGAAUCUGGGGCUGCUAUAAAAGUUGAUAGUUCACAAUCUGAAGGCGAUGAUUGCUUAAUAACUGUUACUGCAAAAGAGUAUUUCGAAGAUCAAUACUCGUCGGUUGUGGAAGCAGCAGUGCGUUUGCAACCCAGGUGCAGUGACAAAGUUGAAAGGGAUUCAGGAAUCCUCUCAUUUACAACUCGCAUACUUGUUCCAACCUCAAGAAUUGGCUGCCUUAUUGGUAAAGGAGGAUCUAUUGUUACUGAGAUGAGGAGACUAACUAAAGCUAAUAUUCGCAUACUUUCCAAAGAAAAUCUUCCCAAAAUAGCAGCCGAAGAUGAUGAAAUGGUGCAGAUUUCUGGAGACCUUGAUAUUGCUAAGGAAGCUCUUAUACAUGUUGUGACACGAUUGAGGGCAAACCUUUUUGAUAGGGAAGGUGCAGUGUCUGCAUUCCUUCCAACAGUUCUGCCAUAUCUUCCUGUGGGAGGAGAUGCGGCAGAUGGUUCAAAUUAUGACAGUAGAGAUGGAAAAAGACAUGGACGUUAUGGUGGUUAUGGUGGCUCAAGUGAUUUUGCAGCUAGUGACAGUUACGGAAGUUAUGGUGGUUCGCAGGUUGGCGGCAGUGGCAGCCCAUAUGGAGCUUAUGGAGCUUAUUCUUCUGGGCGUACUGGUAGUUCUGGGUUAUCUAGCCAGAACCCUGGUUCUCGGCGGAGAAACUAUGGUUACUAGAAUUGUUGGUACCAGCAGCUGAGUUCUAUGAAGCCCGAAGCUAGCCUACUGCCUGCCUAAACCGGAAGAUGAACCAGCAUAUGAUAUAGUCAUGGCCCACCUUGACGCUUCUACUUAAAAGGCCAAGAAACCAAAUUUACCAAGCUUUAAUAUCUGUGUUCCCUAGAACCCAGUUAGCCAGCAUGCCUAUACGGCUGUUUUCCCUGUACACUUCUAUGAUUAUGAAGCAUGAUACUUCCGACUUCCCCUUGUGCUACUCUUUAAUCUUUUGAGCUUUUCAGCUAUAUUUAUUACUUCCGACUUCCGGGUGUU